CCCCCCCCUCUGGCCUCUCUGUGGAUGAUCGGAGCCAUGCCCAUCGUGUCCACGAGCGCAGUAGGGCUCCAUGAGACUCUGGCCCAUCUCACCUCUCAGCUCCACCCGGGGGCCAACCACAAGGAGGAGCUGGCCUUCCUCAGGGAGGUCUUCAGUGAGAAAAGCCUCGGUUACCUCAUGAAGAUUCAUGAGAAACUGAAGCAGUACGAGAAACACAGCCCCACUCCAGUUCUGCACAGCGCCACCUGCCUGGCAGAGGAUCUGGCAGAGGAACUUCAGAACGGGCCCCUGGAGGACGAUGAGCGGGAGCUGCUUCUCCUUCUGAGCACUCCCCACCUCAAGGCGGUGCUGUCGGCGCACGACACGGUUGCCCAAAAGAAAUUUGACCCGGUGCUGCCGCCGCUGCCGGAGGACGUGGACGACGACCUGGAGGAAGAGUCGGUGAAGAUCGUCCGCCUGGUGAAGAACAAAGAGCCGCUGGGAGCGACCAUCCGGAGAGACGAGGUGACCGGAGCCGUCAUCGUGGCCAGAAUCAUGAGGGGGGGGGCGGCCGAUCGCAGUGGUCUGGUCCACGUUGGGGAUGAGCUUCGAGAGGUCAACGGAAAUCUGGUCGCUCACCGAAGGCCAGAAGAAAUUAGUCAGAUUCUGUGCCAGUCACAAGGCUCCAUCACGCUGAAGAUCAUCCCCGCUGUGGUAGAAGAAGACAAACUGAAGGAAAGCAGGGUCUACCUGCGCGCUUUGUUCGACUACACUCCGUACGAGGACAAGGCCACGCCGUGCCAAGAGGCGGGACUGCCUUUCCACCGGGGGGACAUCCUUCAGGUCGUCAGCCAGGAGGACGCCACCUGGUGGCAGGCCAAGAGAAUCGGUGACUGUAACCUGCGGGCCGCCCUCAUCCCCUCCACUCAGUUCCAGGAGAGGCGUCUGCGGUACAGGAUGAAGAUGGGUUCUUCCCCUUCCCCCAUGUGCUCCAAAGCUUCUACAUACGAUCGUGGUGAAAGAGGAGACUGUGACAGCGAGGGGGCUUUGAAUGGAAAGGACACAGCUGGCCUGCGCGGAAGUUCCUGCCUCAGGAACGAUCGCCACAAUUCACCAGGAGAACCUGGAGCUCCAGAGUUUCAGAUUUAUGAGGAAGUGACGCAAUACAUGCCCCGACCUGGCGAUAGGCCUCGGCUCAUCGUGCUGAUCGGUUCUCUGGGAGCUCGGAUCACUGAGCUCAAACAGAAGGUGAUCGCUCAAAACCCUCAACUCUACGGUUUGGCUGUGCCUCAUACUACCCGAGCCAGGAGGUGUUACGAGAGAGAAGGCGUGGAGUACCACUUCAUCAACAAAGCAGCUUUCGACGCCGACAUACAAGGCGGCAAAUUUAUUGAAUUUGGAGAGUACAAAGAUAAUCUGUACGGCACCAGCUUGGACUCCAUCCACAGGACGUUGGAUCAGAACAAGGUCUGUCUCGUGGACGUGCAACCAGAGGCAGUGAGGACUCUCCGAACUGCUGAUUUCAAACCGUACGUGAUCUUUGUGAGACCUCGCAUCUACAACGUUGGAACUAAAUCACUUGGCUCCUCUUCCUCGCUCAGCUCCGUUAUCACGGAGGAUGACCUGCAUGAAAUGAAGCAGUCGGCCGAGCAGAUCGACGCGUGCUACAGCUCCUGGGUGGACUACGUGUUGGUGAAGGAGGACCCGGUCAGUGCCUUAGCUGAGCUGCAGGUCGUCCUGGAGAGGGUGCAGACGGAGCGUCAGUGGGUGCCUGUGUCCUGGGUCAGGAGCUAGAAUGGUUGAACUGCGCCACUAUGACCAAUUACACAAGACCCCUGCAGCUAUAGUGCCAGACUAAAUCUGCAGACCAUCUUCUCACCCAACACUGAAAUCUAAGGGUAGGGAAUUAAGAAAUAAAAACCCAUGUUCCAUCCAUUUGGG